AUAGAGGCUUAAACAACGCCAUUUUAUCCUUCUCUACGUAGCCUUUAGGCGAAUAGUAACACUUUCUCAUAUGGAAUAAAAGAGUUUUUGUUAUUUUGCAACGAUUCGUAGUGCUUGUGGCUGAAAUGCAGGGCGGAGAGCGCUUCUUGGCAUGUUGUCCCCCCCCGCUCCCUACGAAUAGGUCGGCCCGGGCCGUCACGCUGCCGGCUGCGGAAGGGGCGGGCGCGGCUGAGGGUCAGCGCGGCCGCCGCGGGGAAGGCGCCGGUCCAGCCAUGGCGCCGCCGCCGGGACAGACCCGGCUCCCGGACUGGGACGGGCUGAAGCUCCGCGUGCGGACCCUCAUCGCCUCCCACCGCGUCAUGAUCUUCAGCAAGAGCUACUGCCCCUACUGCAACAAGGUGAAGGAACUCUUCCACUCCAUGCGUGUGGAGUACUAUGCUCUGGAACUGGAUGUAACUGAUGACGGAGCCAGUAUUCAGCAAGUGUUGGCAGAGCUGACUAAUCAGAGGACAGUACCUAAUGUAUUUGUGAAUGGAACUCACGUUGGGGGCUGUGAUGCAACAUAUCAGGCUUAUCAGGAUGGAUCACUGCAGAAACUCCUUGGGGACAACCAAAUUACAGAACCCUAUGAAUAUGAUCUCAUUAUUAUUGGUGGUGGCUCAGGUGGACUUGCAUGUUCUAAGGAAGCUGCUGCCUUGGGAAAGAAAGUAAUGGUAUUAGAUUAUGUUGUUCCAACGCCUCUUGGAACCUCAUGGGGACUUGGUGGCACGUGUGUAAAUGUAGGUUGCAUCCCUAAGAAGCUGAUGCAUCAAGCAGCACUUCUGGGUCAGGCACUCCAAGAUUCAAGGAAGUAUGGGUGGCAGUAUGAAGAACAAGUUAAACACAACUGGGAGAUCAUGGUAGAAGCAAUUCAGAACUACAUUGGUUCAUUAAACUGGGGCUAUCGAGUGUCCUUGAGAGAGAAGUCUGUGACAUACCUCAACUCUUACGGAGAAUUCGUGGAACCACACAAAAUUAAGGCAACUAACAGAAAAGGACAAGUAACCUAUCACACAGCAGAGACUUUUGUCCUGGCAACAGGAGAAAGGCCAAGAUAUCUGGGUAUCCCUGGAGAUAAAGAAUUCUGCAUUACAAGUGAUGACCUCUUCUCCCUGCCUUACUGCCCUGGCAAGACUCUGGUUGUGGGUGCUUCCUACGUGGCUCUGGAGUGUGCAGGGUUCCUGGCUGGCCUGGGUCUGGAUGUCACAGUGAUGGUGCGUUCCAUUCUUCUGCGGGGCUUUGACCAAGAAAUGGCAGAAAAAGUCGGUGCCCACAUGGAAACACACGGCGUGAAGUUCAUCAGGAAGUUUGUACCUGUUCAGGUUGAGCAGCUGGAGCAAGGAAUGCCAGGAAGACUGAAAGUGACAGCAAAGUCUACUGAGGGACCAGAGAUCCUUGAAGAAGAAUAUAACACUGUAUUGUUAGCCAUUGGUCGUGAUGCAUGUACCAGGAAUAUUGGUUUACAGACAAUCGGUGUCAAAAUCAAUGAGAAGAAUGGGAAAGUCCCUGUAAAUGAUGAAGAACAAACCAAUGUGCCUUACGUUUAUGCUAUUGGGGAUAUCUUGGAUGGAAAGCUUGAACUUACUCCAGUUGCCAUUCAGGCAGGGAGACUGCUGGCCCAAAGGCUCUAUGGGGGUAGUUCCAGAAAGUGUGACUAUAUCAAUGUACCAACAACAGUGUUUACCCCUUUAGAGUAUGGCAGCUGUGGGUUUCCUGAAGAAAGAGCCAUAGAUGAAUAUGGAAAGCAAAACUUGGAGGUUUAUCACAGUUUGUUUUGGCCACUUGAAUGGACAGUGCCAGGCAGAGAUAACAAUACCUGUUAUGCAAAGAUUAUCUGCAAUAAACAGGACAAUAAUCGUGUGAUAGGACUGCAUAUUCUUGGGCCUAAUGCUGGUGAAGUUACCCAGGGUUUUGCUGCUGCAAUCAAAUGUGGUCUCACCAAAGAAUUACUUGAUGAAACAAUUGGUAUCCAUCCUACUUGUGCAGAGGUGUUCACUACAAUGGAUAUUACCAAAUCUUCUGGACAGGACAUCACUCAGAAGGGCUGCUGAGGUUAAACCUGCUGUUUUACAUGUUUCCAUGUUGCGCACUCUUGGUCCUGUGGAAGCUCUAAUCCAUCCAACUGCUUUGCAGCAAAGUAAAACGUUUGCAUCAGUACCACUGUAUGUGCUGCAGCUGGGAGUGGUGCCUUCAAGAGGCUUCCUCAGUGUGAGUUGUGUUGCACAUGGGAACAGUAAUGCAGCAGGGAAAUCUCGGACUGUAAAUCCUGACUUUGCUUGGAAUCAGCACUGCGGUGCUUUUUUGACGUUGCAGCUCGGAACCUUCUCGUGAGGUGAGCUACGACUGAUGGCUGCCAGGCAAGGCUGGGAGCUUCUUGUCUAGUCAGAUGACUGAACUCCUCCUGAAGGAAAUUCUUAAAUUGCACAAAUUAAAGCUAAUGCUUCUAGUUCCAGUGUCUUGUACAAAUGCGUGAAAUAGAAGACAAAUAUUAUAAUUGAGUGAUUCUUGCCAACAGUUUACAUUUGACUGAUUUAUCUUUUUGAUGCAUUUUGUUAUACUUAAUUGUAUGCUCAAUUGAGGCAAGAUGGCAUAAAUAGGAUGCAGUGUUGAGCGGUGCAGUUCAAGCACUAGUCUCCCAUCCCAAGCAGUCUAAAACUUCAGCGUAGCCUAAGACACCACUGUUGUUCACAUUCACAGUUGUUUGACCUCAGGUGACAUCAUAUCUUUAAAAUAAAAAUUUGAGUUGUAGGUGUCUUGUGUGUCAAGGCUGAAGAGCGUAAGUGCAAGACCAUGUCAGUUUGCUUAAAUCUGGUUUCAGCUCUGUAGUUUAAAACCUCACAGAACCCAGAAUUAUGUCUGUGCUGUUAUGUGGAAUGCUGAAGUCUUGGAGAAGCAGACUCUGUCCCACUAACACAGUAGGUGCCUGCCCAUGGAGGUGGAAGGUGUUAUACAGAGCUGCUCUGAAUCAUGUGGCAGCCCAGAGCAAUGACCUGCUGUGCUUUGUGUAGUGUUGUGUACUGUCAGUAGUUUGAAGCUCUCCUCCACCCCUAGCAUUCUGUCCUGGGGGAAUUGUGCUUGAAUCUGGCUCUUAGUUUUGUCCAAAGAGCUGUUUUGAAAGACUGUUCUGAACAUUGUACGAUAGUAACCAGUUUUUAACUAUUUAAUCUGUGACGUACCAUGCAAUUUGAAGUUCAAUAAACAAUGCAUACAACACUC